UUGCUAGCCUUCCAGCAAUACAAGAAGAAGCUGGCGGCGGUGGUGGUCGGAGGAACAAAACAGGCUGAGCGGCUAGUCAACAAGGGAUUGUUCCUCUUCGCCGUCGGCUCCGCCGAUUUCACCGACAACUACUACUCGCCACCUUUCUCCGCCCGCGCCAGCCAGUACACUGUCCCCGAGUUCGUCGAUCUCCUCACCUCCGAGCUAUCAAAAUUCCUCCUGAGGCUGUACGAGCUGGGGGCUCGCCGGAUGCUGGUCACCGGGGCGAACCAGUUCGGGGCUACGGGGUUUUUCGCAGAAAGCAUCUUGACUGGUUCUGCAGACGUUGUCUUCCCAAUGAACCUCAAUUCCAUGCUGGCCCUGAAACAGGAUAUCUAG